AUGAACACACCCCGGAUCAAGGACGAUGAGCUCCUCGUCGAGGUCCAUGCGGCAGGCUUCUGUCACUCCGACCUCCAAGUUUAUCACGGCCAAUUCAAGUCCAAGCUUCCCAUAAUUCCGUCUCAUGAGCCUGCUGGAAUCAUCGUGCAAGUGGGCCAUAGGUGCGGCGGCUCUUGGAAGGUAGGCGACCGUGUGGGUGUGCUCAACUUCAAGAAGGCGUGCACUCAAUGCACGGGCUGUCUACUAUCCAAGAAACGCUAUGAUAGAUUUGACCCCCGAUACUGUGAGAAGCGUGAGAUGGCGGGUUUCAAGGAUGAUGGCUGUCUGGCUGAAUUCAUGGUGGCUGACCCGGCCACAACCAUAUUGCUGCCAGAUGAAGUUUCAUUUGAUCAGGCAGCCCCAUUGAUGUGUGCAGGUGCAACGGUCUGGGGUGCUCUCGAGAAGGCGACGAAAGACCUAGAACCCAACGCUACCGUCGCCAUCAUUGGAAUCGGCGGCCUUGGCUACUUGGGACUCCAGUUCGCCAAGUCGAUGGGUUUCUACACCAUUGCUAUCGAUAAUCAUGAAGCAGGCCGCACUCUUGCAACCGACGUGCCCAAGUCAGACUUAUUACCAGAUCUCGUUAUUGACUCAAGUCAACCUAACGCCGCUGGAGAGAUCUUUGAGUUUACAGAGAAGGAAGGUGUUGCAGCUGCAGUUGUGUGCACAGACUCAAUCAAGGUCACAGCUUGGACACUCUCACUACUUCGGAUCGGCGGCACCGUGGUGGUUCUGGGCCUUCCUCCAGACAGUUGGCAAUUCGAUUCCAGCAUCCUUGUAUUUCGAGAAUUGACGAUCAAAGGGAGCUAUGUUGCAAGCGCUGAGAGCACAGCUAGAAUGAUGGAGGCAGUGGGGAGGAGUGGAAUCAGGUCUCAAAUCACACGGGUCGCGUUUGAAGAUACCCCCAAGAUAGUUGAGAGAUAUGAGAAAAGGGAUUUUAAGGGGAGAAUGGUAGUUGAGUUUGCAUGA